CAUGGAGCAAGGACGUCACCUGGAGGCACCGAACAGGGCGUGUUGGGGGCAGCCCUCAGAGGAGUCGCUGUCGGAGGUGCCAUGCUUCGGACUGGGCUGCGUCUCACCUUGUGCCGGGGCCCCUUGAUCCGCGGGCUAGGCACACGCAGAGGAGGCACUACUUGGGAUUGGGAUGAAAAGGUGUCCAAGAUUAAGAAGAAGGUCCAGUCAGUCCUGCCUGGAGGGGCCUGGGACCCCCUGUAUGACACCAGCCACUUGCCCCCUGAACGCUCGGAUGUGGUGAUUGUGGGAGGUGGGGUGAUUGGCCUGUCCGUGGCCUAUUGGCUGAAGAGAUUGGAGGCGCAACGAGGUGCCAUUCGGGUGCUGGUGGUGGAACGGGACCAUACGUAUUCACAAGCCUCCACAGGGCUUUCUGUGGGUGGGAUCCGUCAGCAGUUCUCAUUGCCCGAGAACGUCCAGCUCUCCCUCUUUUCAGUCAACUUUCUACGGAACAUCAAUGAGUACCUAGCGGUAGUCGAUGCUCCUCCCUUGGACCUCCAGUUCAACCCUUCAGGUUACCUGUUGCUGGCUUCUGAAAAGGAUGCUGCAAUCAUGGAGAGCAACGUGAAAAUGCAGAGGCAGGAAGGAGCCAAAGUUUGUCUGAUGUCUCCUGAGCAGCUUCAGAACAAGUUUCCGUGGAUAAACACAGAGGGCGUGGCUUUGGCAUCUUAUGGGAUGGAGAAUGAAGGCUGGUUUGACCCCUGGUGUCUGCUCCAGGGGCUGCGGCAAAAGGCCCAGUCCAUGGGAGUCCUCUUCUGUCAGGGAGAGGUGACACGUUUCAUCUCUUCAUCUCUCCAUGUGGAGGACAGAAGUGGGGAAGAGGUGACGUUGAAAAGGAUUCACGAAGUCCACGUGAAGAUGGACAACAGCCUGGAGUACCAGCCUGUGGAGUGUGCCAUUGUCAUCAACACGGCAGGAGCCUGGUCGGGGCACAUUGCAGAGCUGGCUGGUAUCGGGCAGGGGCCCCCUGGCACCCUUGCGGGCACCAAGCUGCCCGUGGAGCCGAGGAAAAGGUACGUGUACGUGUGGCACUGCCCCCAGGGACCAGGCCUGGAGACCCCAUUUGUUUUGGACACCAGCGGAACUUAUUUCCGCCGGGAAGGAUUAGGCAACAACUAUCUCGGUGGCUGCAGCCCCACUGAGGAGGAAGAACCGGACCCAGGGAACCUGGAAGUGGACCACGCUUUCUUCCAGGACAAGGUGUGGCCCCAUUUGGCCCAGAGAGUACCAGCUUUCGAGACUCUGAAGGUCCGAAGUGCCUGGGCAGGCUACUAUGACUAUAACACCUUCGACCAGAAUGGAGUGGUGGGCCCCCACCCACUGGUCAUCAACAUGUACUUUGCCACGGGCUUCAGCGGGCAUGGGCUCCAGCAGGCGCCUGCUGUGGGGCGAGCCGUGGCCGAGAUGGUGCUGGAGGGCAGCUUCAAGACCAUCGACCUGAGCCCCUUCCUCUUCAGCCGCUUUUACUUGGGCGAGAAGAUGGAGGAGCGCAAUAUCUUCUGAGCUGGUUGGCUCUUUGAUGGCCCGGCCAUCACCCUUGGCUCUGACUUCCCUGCUCGGUUCCUCCCCUGCUCGGUUCCUCCCCUGCUCCGGGCCAGGGUCUCCGUUCUCCCUCAGGGUGGGAGGACAGGCGUGCCCAGCUCCUCAGCCCCCUUCCUUGCCUUCUUCUCUUUGUCCAGGCCAUCUGCCCCCAUGGGGCUGAGCACACAGGCAGGCUGUGAGCUCUGAAGUUUUGCCCCUGAGGCUCAGGCUUAGAGAGACUAAUGGGGCAGGACCCUAGGGCUGACCUCUGGCCCAGGCCGAUGCCUGCUAGACAGACCCCUCAGGAGUUGUGAGGUUGGAGCCUCGCCGGCCCCUUCCUGGGCCUCCGUCAGUAGGACUGCCUCUGGGCCCAGAUUUCUUGAUGUGUCUGAUUACCCUCUUCAUCAAUCAGUAAAUGUGAUUCACUCCUUC